CCGGGUCGGGCAGCUCGGCUUCCGGGUCGGCGCGCGAGGGCUGGCUCUUCAAGUGGACCAAUUACAUCAAGGGCUAUCAGCGCCGCUGGUUCGUGCUCAGCAACGGCCUCCUCAGCUACUACCGAUCAAAAGCAGAGAUGCGUCACACCUGUCGCGGGACCAUCAACCUGGCCACUGCCAACAUCACUGUGGAGGACUCCUGCAACUUUAUCAUUUCCAACGGUGGAGCACAGACCUACCACCUGAAGGCCAGCUCAGAGGUGGAGAGGCAGCGCUGGGUCACAGCCCUGGAGCUGGCCAAAGCCAAGGCUGUGAAGAUGUUGGCAGAAUCAGAUGACUCUGGUGAUGAGGAGUCCGUGUCUCAGACAGACAAGACAGAGCUGCAGACCACAUUACGCACUCUCUCCAGCAAGGUGGAGGACCUGAGCACCUGCAACGACCUGAUUGCCAAGCAUGGCACGGCCCUGCAGCGCUCCCUCAGUGAGCUGGAGUCCCUCAAGCUGCCUGCUGAGAGCAAUGAGAAGAUCAAGCAAGUCAAUGAGCGUGCCACGCUGUUCCGCAUCACCUCCAAUGCUAUGAUCAACGCCUGCAGAGACUUCCUUGUGCUGGCCCAGACGCACAGCAAGAAGUGGCAGAAGUCUCUUCAGUAUGAGCGAGACCAGCGCAUUCGUCUGGAGGAGACCCUGGAGCAGCUGGCUAAGCAGCACAACCAUCUGGAGAGAGCCUUCCGGGGGGCUACUGUACUGCCUGCCAAUGCCCCGGGCAGUGGGGGCUCUUCAAAAGAUCAAUGCUGCCCAGCAAAAGGGGAUCUGAGUGAUGAGGAUGAUGAUAAUGAGUUCUUCGAUGCCCCAGAAAUCAUAACCAUGCCAGAGACCAUGGGCCACAAACGCACUGGCAGUAACAUCAGCGGCACCAGCAGUGACAUCAGCCUUGAUGAGCAGUACAAGCACCUGCCAGAAGACACCAAGAAAGAAAAGAGGACUCGCAUCCCUUACAAGCCAAAUUACAGCCUCAACUUGUGGAGCAUCAUGAAGAACUGCAUUGGGAAGGAGCUCUCCAAGAUCCCCAUGCCAGUGAACUUCAAUGAGCCCCUGUCCAUGCUUCAGCGCCUCACUGAGGACCUGGAGUACCAUGCGCUGCUGGACCGAGCGGCCAAGUGCGAGAACUCCCUGGAGCAGCUGUGCUAUGUGGCUGCCUUCACUGUGUCGUCCUACUCCACCACUGUCUACCGCACCAGCAAGCCAUUCAACCCACUCCUUGGCGAGACCUUUGAGCUGGACCGGCUGGAGGAGAACGGCUACCGCUCCCUCUGCGAGCAGGUAAGCCACCACCCUCCUGCUGCUGCCCACCACGCGGAGUCCAAGCAUGGCUGGACACUUCGCCAGGAGAUCAAAAUCACCAGCAAGUUCCGUGGCAAAUACCUCUCCAUCAUGCCCCUCGGUACCAUCCAUUGCAUCUUCCCCUCAAGCGGCAAUCACUAUACCUGGAAGAAGGUCACCACCACCGUACACAACAUCAUCGUCGGGAAACUGUGGAUAGACCAGUCAGGUGAGAUCGAGAUCAUUAAUCACAAGACGGGCGACAAGUGCAAUCUAAAGUUUGUUCCUUACAGCUACUUCUCCCGGGACGUGGCCAGGAAGGUCACGGGGGAGGUGAUGGAUCCAUUGGGAAAGGUCCACUUCAUUUUGCUGGGCACCUGGGAUGAGAAGAUGGACUGUUACAAGGUGCUGGCAGGCAGUGGGGAGAAUGGCGCUGAGGGGCGACAGAAGGCACAUGAGGCUGAGGACACCAGGCUCCUGCUGUGGAAAAGGAACCCACUCCCGAAGAACGCCGAGAACAUGUACUUCUUCUCAGAGCUGGCUCUGACCCUUAAUGCCCUCGAAAGUGGCACUGCCCCUACCGACAGCAGGCUGCGACCUGACCAGCGCCUCAUGGAGAAUGGGCGCUGGGAUGAAGCCAAUGCCGAGAAGCAGCGCCUGGAGGAGAAGCAGCGUAUCUCCCGCAAGAAGCGUGAAGCUGAGGCCGUGAAGGCCACGGAGGACGGAACUCUUUAUGACCCCUACAAGCCACUGUGGUUUGAGCGCAAGAAAGACCCCGACACCAAGGAGAUAGCGCAUGUGUACAAAGGAGGCUAUUGGGAAAGCAAGGAGAAGCAGGACUGGAGCGUGUGCCCGGAUAUUUUCUGACCUAGUCACAGAAGAAGGAAGGAAGAGGAGGAAGGUUGGAGGGAAGCAGCCAAUCACGUGACUUUUUUUUCCUUGCCUGGCGCUUCCCUCACGUCUGUCUGUCUUAACCAAUCACUUGUUGCAAAUCAGUCGCCCACGGCACAAGCCGGUGGCGGUGAUUGGCUGGGUUGCCUUAGCUGAUCGAAGCUGACAUUGAUGAAGUCCAGAUCCCAGGUGGCUGGGGGCCCCAUGCACUCUGCCCUUGACUACCGUAUCCCUGGCUCCCUUACGUGACUGUCUUCGGUCUUGCUUGGCUGAAGUCCCUGCCAAUUUGCAGAGGAGGGAGGGAGGGAAGGCUGAGUUGCUGCAGAAAAAAGCACUUGACUCCUAACAUCCAUGGCCAACAAGGAAGGUCUGGUCCCCACAGGGGUUGGAGGGUAGAGGGGAUGAGGAAAAAAGCACCCCCCCCUCCCCCUCCAAAUACACGUGUACACUUAAAUCUCCAUGAGGGGUGUCUGGGAUCACCGUGGCUCCUGUGCUGGCAAGAUGGGAGUCUAUCCCUUCCUGCCCUUGGUGGGGAGCUGAGGAUGCAUGCAGGGUGGGCAUAGUUGGGGAGAGGGCAGUGUGGGUGCCCUUGGUGCAGGGCUGAGGGUACAUCCCCACCUCUACCCCACCAUGGGGGAUAUGGCACAGCAGCCCUCUCCCUGGAGAGCCUGAGGCUGGCCUCGGUCUCCUGGAAUCCUCCCCUCAAGCAGCUGGUCUCUUCCAGUCUGAUCUCGCAGCAUGGCGGGAUUUGACAAGAAGCCGUCAGCCCCUCACUACCCUGCCCUGCCUUCCCCCCUGCCCUUUUCCCCAGGCAGGUGGGCAAGCCCUGGCGGCAGGGAGCUGGGAUGUGGAUGGAUGGCUCCUCUGUGGCAGCAAGAGCAGCCUCUAGCCUAGAGAGCAUCUGUUAGAUACCUGUAUAUUAUAUAUAUGUAGAGAGACCUAACUUUUUUUUUUUUGGUUGUUUUUCCUGUUCCUCCCCUGCCCCUACAGACUCUGGGUUUUGUAACACUCACUGCCCCCAUCUCAUCUCUCCCCCAGGGUGACCCCUCCUUGGGGACCAAGCAAGGCUGUCCCUCUCCCCCUUCCCUUCUCCCACCCAGUGGAAGCCACACACCCCUCCCUUUGCAGGGGGGAGGCUGAAGUCCGGAGUCCUCACUGCUGGGCUUAGAUAGCUGCCAAAGCCCAUUCCUGAUGUUCAGUAGGUGCUGCUGUGGAGGAGGUGUGUGGCCUGCGCCAGCCCAGCCCCACAGCUGGAGGGCAUCCUCUGCAGCCCCUACCCCUGGCCGAGGGUCACACAUUGAGGUGCCUUCCUUGUAUGUUUCUCUUCGGGGUUUUUGUGUUUCUUUUCCUUGACUAGAGCCUCGGCCACCAGGGUGAAGGACGGCACUCAUUCAGUUUGGGGCUUGUGCCUGCUGCCCACCCAGGGUUUCCUCUUGCCAGCUGUCAGGGAUAUGGCUGAGCCCAGCAGUCCACCCUGCAUGGUAGAGGGAACAGGGUGCCCCAGAUUCCCUUGGAGGGACACCUCGUCAGCUAAAGUGAGAGAGAGAAUCCCUCUAUUUCUGUUUUGGUUUUUUUGCCUUAUUUUUUUCCAAGAAAAUAAAUAAAUUAAAAAACCUGAAAG